AUGGCUAUGAGCACAUUUUGGUCCAUUUCAGGCUCCACUCUACGCCAUCUAUUGCGCCGUAUGGCCCAGAUGCAUGCAUCUGGAACCCACCUCUUGUCCUCGACACAGCAUUUCCAGUGGAAUUGCCAUAUUGAUACCAAAAUAAGCCCAAAUGCCGAGAGUGUCUGUUUGCCGGAGGGCGUACAGAUCCUCUUACUCUGUAGAAUGUCAUUAAAACAGAAAUAA